GGCUGGCGGGAGUAGCCGGACGCACGGAAUGGGUAGGAGUCGGACAUCCCCCGCGGUGACCUCGUCAGCGACAUAACGGGCUGUCACCUUCUUAUAUGGCGAGCCCGUGGCGCAUGCUCGAGAUGCAAUGACACCUCUGCUUAACAUGUCUCUCGACACUCGCGACGUUGAGACCGUCCUUGCGACGGUCGGAGCUAUAUACGUACUUCGGCGCGUUUUGGAUGGACGCAGAUGCCUUCAGUCCGUAGGGCAUGCCUCUGGACCCAGAACGCUCCUCUCCCAAAUGGGCGCCCUGGCCAACAUCCUGCCUGUCAAGCCGCCCAUCGGUUACGGGGUCCAGUACGACUUGGUCUCCAAGUUCAAGUUCUUCGAAGAAGCCGACUGCGACGUGAUUGCUGCGGUUUCUUUCUGGCCUCAUGCGGAAGCCGUCCUCCACAUCGCGAAUGCGGAAACCAUCAAGACAACAGCCUGGGCCAGACAGCGCUUCCCGAAGCGCGUCGCACAAUAUAGUUUCUUGGAUAUGUUCGGCCCUAACAUCCUCACCUCCGAGUUCGACCAGUGGAAGUUCUUCCGCAAGGUUGCUGCUCCAGCAUUCUCAGAGCAUAACAAUCGCCUAGUCUGGGCGGAGGCUACGCGCACCAUUGUCGAACUCAUCGAAAACGUCUGGAAAAACGGACAAGUCGUACAUGUAGAUAACUUCCUCGAGAUAACGCUCUCGGGUGCUCUGCAUGUGAUCGGAGGCGCUGGUUUCGGGCGAAACAUGUCCUGGGGUGACGACGCCACCGCUCCCAAAGGUCACCAACUCUCGUACAAGGAGUGCAUGGUCAUCGUCAGCACGAAUAUCGCCGUGCGCUUGAUUUACCCCGAUUGGUUCCCGAGUAUCACAAGGGACUUGCACCGCAUCCGGGCUGCUUUCAGCGAGCUUGAAACAUACAUUGACGAAAUGAUCGACGAACGUCGGACUAGCAAGGAAGAGCGACACGAUCUGCUGAGCCGACUGCUUGAGGAGACUGACAAUGGCGAUAGCGUCAUGAGCAACAGGGAGAUCCUCUCCAACAUAUUCAUUUUCCUCGAAGCUGGGCAUGAGACGAUAGCACACACCCUCUGCUUCGCCUUCGCCUUCCUGGCGCUCUAUCCUGACAAGCAAGAGAAGGUCUACGAGGAGAUCAAGGCUGUGGCAUCCGGGAGCGGCGACCUUCCGCAGUACGCUGACAUGCACAAAUACGCCUACACCCUCGCCGUAAUCUACGAAACCUUACGCUUGUUCCCUCCUGUCGUUACCAUCCCCAAAGUCAGUACGCAAGAUCAAGUCAUCACAAGCAAUCGUCUCUCGGACGGGUCCAAAGUCGAGAUCUCUUGCCCCGCAGGCACGAGCGUUCACUUCUCGGUCGUCGGCUUGCAUAAUAAUCCCAUCUACUGGGAUUGUCCUGAGGAGUUCAGGCCAGAGCGCUUCCUCGGCGACUUCAACAAGGACGCGUUUAUACCCUUCUCCGCCGGCGCACGAGCGUGUUUGGGUCGCAAGUUCGCCGAAACGGAGGGAGUCGCGAUGAUGGUGUCGCUCAUCUUGAGGUACAAGUUUGAGGUGAUGGACGAACCGAGGUUUGCUGGGGAGACCUUCGCGCAGCGCAAGGAGCGCGUUCUCAAGACGGCUGUUGGGCUGACUUUGACGCCUGCGCGCGUUCCCCUAACGUUCCGUCGCAGGGAUUAGCUAACUUCGACGUUUGGAUGUAGGUAGCGGACAAGUAAAUGGAAUUCGUCGUCUGAUACUUCACGCAUGGCGCCCACGGCAGCUAGUCCAACACUUCUCUCGGAAUAUCCUCUGGUCG